AAAAACAAAUAUAGUAGUAGCUAGCGACACAAGGGCAGAACAGAAACGUGCCUCCAUUUCUAAGCUAAAGCAUCAGUACAAGAAAUCGUCUUAAAUGCCAAGGUUUAUGCGUUUAUUGGCGAGAGAGAGACGAAAUCGGAUUAAUUAGGGACAAGAAGGUAAAAAGUUCAGAUUUUUUUCCCGGGAAAAGGCGAGAAAAUGGUGGGGGCGAACAACGGAAGAAUCCGGACGGUGUUUCCGGUGGUGAAUGGGUCGAGAGAUCUGACGCCGAGCAGUGCUCCGGCGAGCACCAUUGGAUCUGAAAAUGGCGCCGUCGAGUUCACCAGAGAAGACGUGGAGGCUCUUCUCAACGAGCGAAUCAGAUACAAGAGCAAAUUCAACUACAAGGAGAGGUGUGAAAAUAUGAUGGACUAUAUAAAAAGGCUUAGACUUUGUAUUAGAUGGUUUCAAGAACUCGAGUUGGAUUACGCUUUCGAGCAAGAGAAGUUGAGGAACGCCUUGGCAAUGACCGAGAAGCAUUGCUCUGAUAUGGAGCUAAGUUUAAGAAACAAGGAAGAGGAGCUGAAUAUGAUUAUCGAGGAACUGAGGAAGAAUUUUGCUGCUGUUCAGGAGCAACUCACCAAAGAACAAUCAGAUAAGUUGGCUGCAACUGAUUCUCUCGAAAAAGAGAAAGAAGCAAGACUUGCAGUUGAAAAGGCACAAGCUGCUCUUACUGAAGAACUAGGAAAAACACAAGGAGAACUUCAGACAGCUAAUCAGAGGAUACAAUCUGUCAAUGACAUGUACAAACUAUUGCAAGAGUACAACUCGAGCUUGCAGCUGUAUAACAGCAAGCUCCAAGGUGAUCUUGAUGAAGCUCAUGAAGCUAUAAAGCGAGGGGAGAAGGAAAGAACAGCCAUAGUGGAAAAUAUAGGCAACAUAAAGGGUCAGUAUAAAGCUUUGCAGGAUCAGCUUGCUGCCUCUAAGGCCUCUCAAGACGAGAUCACGAAGCAGAAAGGCGAACUGGUGAAUGAAAUUGCAUGUCUCAAGGUGGAAAUUCAGCAGGUCAAAGAUGAUCGUGACCGCCAAAUAAUGGAAGUAAAGAAUCUGCAAGCCGAGGCUGCUAAGCACAGCGACUUGAAAAACACCAUAAACGAGCUCGAGACAAGGUGUUCAUCACAAAAUAACCAGAUAAGAGAGUUGCAGGAUCACUUAGUAGCUGCUGAGAGGAGACUGCAGGUGUCAGACUUAUCAACCUUUGAGAAAAUGAAUGAGUUUGAAGAGCAAAAGGAAGCCAUUAAGGAGCUAAAAAGUCGGUUAGAAGAAGCAGAACUUAAACUCAUCGAAGGGGAGAAACUACGCAAAAAGCUACACAACACCAUACUGGAACUGAAGGGCAACAUCCGGGUAUUCUGUAGGGUCAGGCCUCUAUUACCGGGCGAGAAUUCUAGUGAUGAGGGGAAGGCUAUUUCCUAUCCCACAUCUUUAGAAUCACUUGGUCGGGGCAUCGACUUGAUGCAAAAUGGGCAAAAGCAUGCUUUCACGUUUGAUAAGGUUUUCACACCUGAUGCAUCACAAGAGGAAGUCUUUGUGGAGAUAUCUCAACUUGUUCAAAGCGCUCUUGAUGGUUACAAGGUGUGCAUUUUUGCGUAUGGACAAACGGGAUCGGGAAAAACUUACACGAUGAUGGGUAGGCCGGGGAAUCCAGAGGAAAAAGGACUGAUACCCCGAUGUUUGGAACAAAUAUUUCAGACCAGACAGUCCCUUCGAUCUCAGGGAUGGAAAUAUGAGAUGCAGGUUUCAAUGUUGGAAAUAUACAACGAAACUAUCCGGGAUCUCUUGUCGACGAACAAAGAAGCAGCACGAGCAGAAAAUGGUGUUUCCCCUCAAAAAUACUCUAUCAAACAUGAUGCAAAUGGCAACACACAUGUGUCAGAUCUUAAUGUUUUGGACGUAAAGAGCACCCGAGAGGUUUCGUUCCUCUUAGACCACGCUGCUCGUAACAGAUCGGUAGGGAAGACACAAAUGAACGAGCAGUCAUCAAGAAGCCAUUUCGUUUUCACGCUAAGAAUCUCCGGUGUGAACGAGAGCACAGAGCAACAAGUUCAAGGUGUUCUGAACUUGAUUGAUCUUGCUGGUAGUGAGCGUUUGUCAAAGAGUGGAUCAACUGGGGACAGACUUAAAGAAACUCAAGCAAUCAAUAAAAGCUUAUCGUGUUUGGGAGAUGUGAUAUUUGCUUUGGCAAAGAGAGAAGAUCAUGUUCCGUUCAGAAACUCGAAACUCACUUAUCUUCUUCAGCCAUGUCUAGGAGGUGAUUCGAAGACGCUAAUGUUCGUGAAUAUAUCGCCGGAACCUUCCUCGACGGGUGAAUCUCUCUGCUCGCUUCGGUUCGCCUUGAGAGUUAACGCCUGCGAUAUCGGAACUCCUCGCCGUCAAACUAACUACGUCCGGCCCUUGGAUUCUCGCCUCAGUCUCGGAUGAUCGAUCGAUCGAUCUUACGAAGAAACUAGCCGAUUUGGGGUAUUGUGUAUUGCUCUUUACCUGUUGAUGGAUUCUAAAGUUCUAACACAAGACAGAGACAAAGACAAAGACACGACGUAAUUUGUAUAGUUUGUUCCUGUAAUUCUUGUUCCGUUAGGGGCUUCAAUGGAUGUCGGGUUCGUAUAAUUUUUCUUGGACUUCGUAUUUCUUUUUCUUGUUUUAGUUAUUUCAAUAUUCAAAAACUUACCAUUGGAAUUUAUAUUAUUUAAUUUUGGUCAACA